GGGCUCUGUAGGUGAGGGACAAACAUAUUUAUUGAAUGCCUACCACAGUUGUAAGUGCUUCAUAUGUGUUAAUUCACAUAAUCCUCCCACAACCCCAGUUAUUAUUGCUACUUAAUAGAUGGAGCAACUGAGAGAGGUCCAGUGACUUGCCCAAGGUCACACACUUAAUAAUUACCAGCAUUGAGGCUUGGACCCACAUGGUCCAGUUCCAGAGUCCAUGCUCCAAACCACUACAUCACGGUGAGUUGUACACAUUCAAGGGGAGCCCAGACCCAGCCUGAUAACCAGGCUUACAGCAACAGAAAGUGGAAGAAGCCUGGAAGUGCCCAGGCUGGAAAAGAUGGACUCUGCCUGGAGAAAUCAGAGAAGGCUUCCUGGAGGAAGGGGCAUUUAGGUUGGAUCUUGAAGAAUGAGUUGGAGUUCACUGGAAAAAGAAAGACGUGGAGAAAGACAUUCACUCAUUCAAUUAACAUCUCCUAAGGCCCCCCCAUGAUCCCAGCCCUGAACAGGGUGAUGUGAGGGACACAGAGAUGAGUCAGAUCCGGGCUUGGCCCUCCAAGGGCUGCCCAUCUGGUGAGAAGGAGGGAUGGGGGGAGAGGCAGGAAAGAUGAGGUGAUGGGAAGGACAGUGGAGGGGAGGAGAUGGGUGGAAAAAACAAGACCAUGUUCUCAGGACUUAGCCAAGAUAUGGUGGCAAUAAGAGAAUGGGAAAAGUGCUUAGUUCCACCUAGGUUGGGCACCUGGAUCCUUGGAGUGGUGAGGAUGUGAAAAAGGAAGUAGGUUAUGACAAGAAUGAGUUAACCCAGUUGGAACCAUGCUAGGAGAAGCCUCUGUCCUCACGGAAAGGGGCCCAAAUCCCCAGUGCAGGGAGGGUUCUGUGGGUGUGUACACAUGUGCAGCUCUCUUUGUAGUCUCUGCCCCCAGUGCAGGGAGGGUUCUGUGGGUGUGUACACGUGUGCAGCUCUCUUUGUAGUCUCUGCCAUUCCAGACAGUGUUUCUGUCUCUCUUUCCUUAUCUCAUCCUGCAUCCUUCAAUGUCUUUAUCUCCCUGUUUUGUUUUGUUUUUUUUCUUUCUCCCUCUUUCCCUGCCUCACCCCAUCCUGCCUUCUUGCUUGCCUUCUUUGCUCUGAGUCCUGACUCUUUCUCCCACUCCUUGCCUGAUUUCUGGGAGGUCCUUCUAUGCAACCCUCCAGCCUACCCAGUGCCUUGGUCCCAGCCCACUGCAGCUACAUUCAAGAUAAACUUGCUUCCACCCCAGGACUCCACUUUACGGACCCUCCUCCUUUCCCUCUUCCUCCUCCAGGCCACAGAAUAUCCUGCAUCUAGAUGCUGUAACCAGAAGUCGGGGUUACUGAGGGCUCCUCCCUCUAGUGAACCCCAGAAGGACUAUACAACCCAGAGCCCCUCCCGCAUUUAGCAGGAUCCCUGAGCCUCCCCCCCCCCCAUUUAGCAGGAUCCCUGAGCCCCUCCCGCAUUUAGCAGGAUCCCUGAGCCCCUCCCCCAUUUAGCGGGAUUCCCUGAGCCCCUCCCCCAUUUAGCAGGAUCCCUCAGCCCCUCCCCCAUUUAGCAGGAUCCCUCAGCCCCUCCCCCAUUUAGCGGGAUUCCCUGAUGCUGCAGGCCACCAGCUCAUCCUGACAAGUGGUCCCUCUGUACUGUCUUCCUGCGCAAGGCCCCCAGUCAAGGCUCUUCGGCUUCCCCCUCCCCCUGGAGUAUUUCCCAACCCAGAUUAAUCACCGGGGCGGCCCCAGGGUGGAGGGAUAUAGUACGGUUUACCGUAAAGAAGUACGGACUUGGAGAGCAGGCUCCAGGACCAAGGCACCCUGGAGGUCAUGAGGCUGGGAUUCAUCUGUGCUCUGCUUUCUCUCCUGGAAGGGCAAAGCUGGGCAGACCCCCGAGCCAUCGGGGCCGAGGAAUGCCGCCCCAACUCGCAGCCCUGGCAGGUUGGGCUCUUCUUCCUCACCCACCUCUUCUGCGGGGCGACCCUCAUCAGUGACCGCUGGUUGCUCACAGCUGCUCACUGCCGCAAGCCGUAUCUGUGGGUCCGACUCGGGGAGCACCACCUCUGGAAAUGGGAGGGUCCAGAGCAGCUGUUCCGGGCCACAGACUUCUUCCCUCACCCUGGGUUCAACCAGAACCUCAGUGCCCAAGACCACAAGGAUGACAUCAUGCUGAUUCGUCUGUCCAGGAAGGCAUUUCUGGGACCUGCCGUGCAGCCCCUCAACCUCAGCCGGACCUGCGUCUCCCCAGGCACCCAGUGCCUAAUCUCAGGCUGGGGGGCCACAUCCAGUCCUAAGGCGCAGUACCCACUCACGCUGCAGUGUGCCAACAUCAGGAUCCUGGAGACCAAACUCUGCCAUCGGGCAUAUCCAGGCCACAUCUUCUACCACAUGCUCUGUGCCGGCCUUUGGGAGGGCGGCCGGGGCUCCUGCCAGGGUGACUCUGGGGGCCCCCUGGUUUGCAAUGGGGCUCUGGCGGGUGUGGUGUCCGGGGGCUCAGAGCCCUGCUCCAGACCCCAGCGCCCUGCCGUCUAUACUAGUGUGUGCCACUACCUGGACUGGAUUCGAAAAACCAUGGAGAACAACUGAGACCUCGCGCCUUGGACGACCAGGAAAGGAGGGUGGGCGCAGGGCAGGAGGGUUUGCAAGACUCCAGCCUCAAUGGUCUCCGUCUUUGGCUUCGGCUGGCCUGGAGACACCUUCUGGAUAUUCAAGUUCCCAGCUUCUGGAUAUUCAGACCCUGGCCCCCGCGAAUGAUAGAGCCGCGCCCCCUUGAAAAGGAGAGGAGAGACACCUCCGCCCCUCUUGGCCCCAUAUCUAUGACGUCACCAGAACUGCCACCGCCCCCAUGGAACGGCAUCACCUUUGGUUCUACCGCAGUAAAGACUUCCACUCAAUAGCUCCUCCCUUCCGCGCUUUGCCCAAUGAGAUUCGCCCUCUGGACGCUGCCCCUUGUGGCCACGCCUCCUUCGUCAUAGAUCCAGCCUCGUGACGUCACGAGAGGGUAGCUUCCCCCACGUGGAACUGAGGCAGUGUGUCGGUCUCUGUCCCGCUCUCGCCCCGUUCUAGGCGUGUCCAGCGUUUGAAUCCUGGCCGGGGCCCGACCGGGAGAAGUUGGGAGAGAUUCUCUGUCCCCUCCGAUCCUCCAAGGGAUGAUUUUACAUUAAACGUGCUGAGCCGCGCCUUCCUACUGCCGGUUUUGUGAGCUAAAGGAUGGGGACCGGGUGGGCGGUGGAGAGCAGAGAGGGAACCACCACCGCGUUGCAAUUCCCCAUAAGCCCCGAGCAGGUCCUGCCUAAGUCUGUCUCCAUCAGCCCUAUUGCAGCAAAGCUCCUGGGUUCUGCUUGGGCUGGUCCCAUCGCCCCCAGGGGAAGGGGAAACCAGGUCACAGCGCCUCCCAAACCUGCCUUUCCGGAAUCUGGACCUCUCAGGGGGCAGCCCGUGGGCCGGGCCGAUCCGCCCUCAGAAGUCGGGACCAAGAAGACUGGCUUGUCUUCCAUUCCAGGUUACUGGCAGCCCCCUCUUCCCACAAAAACCCAGGCUCCAAAUUACUCCUUCCACAAAGACUUAAGAAUUCAGCUGCCAGCUCCUUCUCCCUCAGACCUCAAAUCCGGGCCUCCAUCCCCCUCCUACUUCUGACCCAGCAGUCCCGGGCCCCAGCCCCCUCCCCCCUCUCUCAGAGCCAGGAGUCCAGGACCCCAGUCCCAUCCUCCCUCAGCUCCAGGAGUUAGGGGCCCUCACCCCCUCUUCGCUCGGACCAGGAUGUCU